AUUAGGAUUGAGAUAUGAAUGAAAUUUAUUGAAUCUUAAAAUCGAUUUUUAUAGGUUCUCUAUAUUCAAAAAUAAUUGUAAUUACGAAUAAAAGACGCAAUGACACCGCCGAUGGAAAGAAUUCAGAUUUUGGAGACUAUCGAGAAGGAUAUUAUAAUAUGUUUACAAAGUGCAGGACAAGCCUGCAUGGAACUGAGUAAGGAGAAAUCAAGCUUAAAGCAAGCAGAGUCGCAGACGCAUCAAUUUUUAAAAACACUAGGACAGUUGGAGUCUAAAUUGAGCGAGCAAAUUAAUUAUCUUACCCAGGUUUCUACAGGUCAACCACAUGAAGGUUCUGGAUACGCAAGUCAGAAAGUAUUACAAAUGGCAUGGCAUAGAUUGGAGCAUGCACGAAGUAGAGUUAAUGAACUGGAGCGUAUAAAAAAUAAGUUACGAUGAGUGUGUAAUUUUUUUCGUGAAUGUGAAAUGUCAAACUGUAAAUAUGAAUAACAUUAAUAUAAUUCAUGUAUGUGGCAAGUCUUUUAAAUACAAGUUAUUUGAAUAAACUUAAA